AUGUUCCCGUCACGGAUACCGCCAACAUUGCCAACAUCGAGCAUACCGAGUUUCCUCGGCGGUCUUGGUGAGUUGCAGCGCGUGGAGGGCAGCACAGAAAGCUGGCAGUGGGUCAUCAACGAGCUGAAGCGCUGCCCACGCGACUUGGCCAUGCGCGGCGAAACACUAUUUUUACACAAGGAGCUAUAUCUUAGCAUGAUGCCGGCGGCGAUCCGAACAGCCUUGGGCCUGUCGGCGACGUAUUGCUUGCUCAACGAAAGCAAUCGACAUGUCAUGUUCCGAGCCAUCGAUGCCGAGGUAUUUGAUUUACUCCAGACGCCUUCAUUGUCGGGAGUAGAUAUAGCCAGAGCGAAGAGUGGACAGGAUGGCGGCAUGACUCUGAUCGAGGAGUUGGCGCGGCUGCAGGCGCUCAUGGUGUAUCAGAUGAUACGUAUGUACGACGGAGGGCUCGAGCAGCGCGCUCUCGUUGACCUCCAAAGAGGCAUAAUGACCACUCGGGCGUUACAGCUACUUAGGAGAUUGCGAGCGGAGCGUGACAAUGACCACGGCUGGCACGCCUGGAUUAUCGCUGAGAGCAUUCGUCGCACUGUCUUGACGAUCUACAUGUUCUAUGCCGUGUACUCUAUAGCGAUACAUGGUUUCUGUAUCGAUUUCCCUACGAUUGCAAAACUUCCUGUGUCGACGUCACCGGAGUUGUGGCACUCUGGUGAUCUUCAUUCGCCGCAGUGUUGGAGCAAUGAGAUGGGGCAGACAUUGUCAUAUGAGGCUUACACGGAGGCGUGGAUGGUGUCGCCACAUGUUACGUUGCUUCCGUUUCAGAAAUUCCUUGUUGUUCCUUGCAAAGGACUCGAAGGCGUUGCAGCGUAUAGUGAUACGGCAUUGUAG